UAGUCACUCGCCCUACUUCUUGCCCUGCACUCGAGGCUUGCAGAGCAUGAUGUGGCUAGGGUCAUAGCAGCAAGAGACCGUGCAUGCGCGCAUGGAGGUGUCAUGUUGGAGCUAGCUGUCCCAAAUGACCUGGCUACCGCGGCUAGUCUAGUCUAUGCUAAACUGGCCCUCAUAGUGCGUAUUGCUGCAGAUGCGAACAGACGUGCUAAACUUAGGGUGAUAGUAGCCCUGCUUCAAUGCUAUCGCUGCGUAGCGUACUACUAGCGACUAGAAAGGGGCUCGGGCCUAACUUGCCAAGUCUGAUGCUCAGACGUGCAUUGUUCCAUGCUGGCAGAUGCAGCUCCCCCGCUCUUCGACUGA